GUGAUUCUUGCCUGUCGAAAAUCACGACCUCGAAUUGCUCCGAGAUCCGGAUUCAAAUACUCCGCAUCCUCCCCCAACACUCUUUCUAAAAGGUUUUCUGGUAAAUAGAAUGUCAACGCAAAAUAACGAGCAAUCUCCACAUGAGGAGGGAAGGGAAGAAUCCCACUCCACCACUCAAAGCUCAUGGAAGUCAACAUGGCAAAACAACAAAGGCGUGUUUCUCAUCCUCCUCUCUGUUCUUACAGGAGCUUCUAUGGAUGCCAUGGCGAGAUUCCUACAGCAAGGAGGACAUAGCAUGAAUACACAUCAAGUUUGUUUUCUCUAAGCUAAAAAUCUCGAGAAAAUGUAACUAACACUUUCACAGGUCAUAUUUGCUCGUAUGAGCGCGACGGUAAUACUAUGCACCAUCUACAUGUGGUAUAAGAAAACCCCCGAUUUUCCUCUCGGUCGUCCAGAAGUAAGAGGCUGGCUUAUCCUUCGAGCAUGCUUUGGAUAUUUCGGGUUAUGGUGCUUAUACUGUAAGUGUCUCGUGACCACGCCUCCCACAUUCAGGCCCAAUAACCGCUCUCAUCUCGCUCCUCAAAACUCCAGAACAUAGAACUCACAUCCCUAGAUUCCGUUCACUACCUCCCCAUCUCGGAAUCUAUAGUCAUCAGAUUCCUCGUUCCUCUCUGUACAGCAUGGGCCUGUUCCAUCUUUCUCAAACAACCCUUCACCAGCAAAGAGCAGCUCGCAGCGCUCAUCGCCCUUGUCGGAGUCGUCUUCAUUGCUCAUCCCUCCUUCAUUUUCGGGGAUGUGGAAGCCAAUGUGGGAGAUGUGCAUUCCGACAAGGCAGGAGUCGUCGACGACGUGACACCUGAACAACGGUUGAUCGCCUUGGCAUUCUCCAUGAUGGGAAUCGUUGGCGCCUCAGGUGCCUACACCACCAUCCGAAUCAUCGGAGAUCGAGCACAUGCCCUGAUCUCCGUGCUGUACUUUGCAGUUCUGGCGACGGUAGGAUCGACCGGUGCGCUGCUCCUGGUCCCGGGAAUCGGAUUCUCGAUGCCGAAGGGACCUCGUGAAUGGGUUCUCCUUUCGUUGCUGGGCGUUCUGGGAUUCGUAUUGCAGUUCUUGUUAACGGCUGGAUUGCAGCUUGAUAAGAGUAGUAAGGCGACGAACAUGUUGUAUAUGCAGGUCAUAUUCGCAUUGGCCCUGGAUUUCGCGAUCUGGGGUGUUCUUCCCAGUGGAUGGUCUUUCUUUGGUGGUGCUAUUGUUAUUGCGAGUACGCUUUGGUCAGCCUUGCAAAAUUCGAAUAGCGCUGCACCGGAAAAUGCAAGGGUUGCUGAUGAGGAAACGGCACUUUUGGGGUCACAGGUAGGGGAGGCGUCUAGGAUUUCGAGACGCGCGAGCGUGGAUGUUUGAAGAUGAGAGACUUAUCAUACGGCAUCGUGAGUAGAAGUUAGAUAGAUUCAUGUUUUUAUGAGACAAAGGAAAUUAUGAGGACUUUAUUUAUUGAAACU